GUGGGGCUCAAUGGGAACGGGAAGCAGAAGGAGAAAAGGGAGAGAAACAUAGAGAACAACAUGAAGACCGUGGAGCUGGAGACCGGUAUCUCGACAGUGCUGGUUGUGUGGAAUCAUGGGAAAGGCCAGCCAAGUCGUGCACUGCCAACGAUGGCACUCUCGAUUUUUUGGAAUGGCUCGCCACGGUCGAUUCUAAAGUCAAGCAAGCUUUCAAUGGAGCGCUGAGUCUCUAUGGUGGGGCUCUUGGUCUGGAGGGCGUUGGUGAGUUCGAAUUAUCAGUUAAUUUACCAAGGCUUAUGUCUCUCUUCAAUCAAAAGCCAAAGAGCCGACCAACUCUUCCGAGCUUGAAACGAAAGUUGACCCGAUCCACCCUUACCGACUCCUUACUAGGUGCCUCUGGAAAAUCCAUCGGCCCACCAUGGGGUAAUUUGGUCAGAAAAAAAGUGAUUGCACUGCUUUACGAGAAUACGGUAUUUCCAGAGAAAUGGUAUCAUGGAGAUCCCGGUGGCGCAGAUAAAGAACAGGCGAUUGCGAUGCUUGAGCAUCUCCGUGCCGGCGAUAAUGGGCAGUUGCCCGAAGAAUUGGUAGUCUGUUUCAAGCCUGGUCCCUGCCCCCGACUUCCACCAAAAACGAAAGAUGAAGAGGUAGAAGAAACGAUGGCUCAACCCGCUCAACCCGCUCAAACUCGCAAAAAGCCUGUAUAUGAGGAGCUCUCCGAUAAGGAGGAUGAUGGAACUUCUGCAAAGAAAGUAAGCAUUCACUACCAUACAACCGGCUUCCUCCAUGACUCACAUUUCUCUCAGACUACGUCUGUAGCCUCUCCUCCGGGUGAACAGGCUGCUACGAUGCCUGCCCCCGUGACCCUGCCGGUACCUGACAAGUCAGCGGCAGGAUCAGACACUCCAGGCAAAAAAUCUGUCGCAUGGUCAUCUACUGUGCCAGGUGGCGAGACUGGUGGCGAAUCGUUUGAAAGUCGGACAAGGAAACCAGGUGCAGCAUCGUCCCGCACAAGGCGCAAUCACCCCGGAGAUGCCGCGACUGACACAGGUAUGGCAAAGGAUCCGAUUACCGAGCCUAAUUCUUUGGAUGACGAAAGUACCUCCGGCCGUAACUCUGCCAAGUCCACUUCAAAGAAAGCCGGCACGCAGCCUCAAGGCAAUAGGAAACAAGGUCGGGGAGGUAAAGAGAGCCAAGAGGAUAAACCCGCGGACACAGAAGGCGUAUCGCCUGAAGACACGCGACGAAAGCUCCGAUCUCAACAAGCUCAGGCUCUUCGGAAACCAGAAGGUGAAUCGGCUCCUGGCAAGAAGGUUUCAUCGCAGAAACGAAAGGCAGAUGAACUGCUUCACGAUGACAGCGCCGCACCAAAGGCUGAUCGCAUGCGAGGGGCAGCAAAGGGCAUUCGUAAUAAACGUCAGAAGACGAAGAUCGAUUGA